AUGGAAUUAAGCUCUAAAAGUCAAGAUAGCUUAAUUAAUUUUCAAUGAAAUUCAGACUUAGAUAUCAGUAACAUAAGAAAACCAGCUAUAAAUCAUCUUAAUCAAGACCUCGUAAGCCAAACACUAACUAUUGAAGAGUUAAGAGCCAAAAAAUCUGCAAUUUUAAAUAAAACAAACAAUGACCCAAAAACAGAGCAAGAUUUCAGAAGAAUUUGCAAAUUAUAUGAAAAUCAGAAUUUUGAUUCUGAUUUACAACUGACCCUAGCAUAUCAAGAAUAUGUCAAAGCCUAUCAUCAAAUAGCAUCUCUUUAUCUUAUUGAUUGACAAUAUAAUAAAACUACUUUGAUUAUUUAUGACACUGAAAGCGAAAGAGAAGGGUUGAAAGUUUUGGAGACUCCAGAAUGAUUAAGCUAUGCCACAUGCAUUGCUCAACUUCCAUAUGGCGAGCUAUUCUGUUCUGGAAACAAUGCUUAUCCAGCUUCUGGGAUUACUUUAAAAAUUGAUAGUCAUUAUAAUAUUCGAUUGCUGCCAUCUGGAGCUAGAAAUAAUCAAAAUAUUUUUAUUAGUAAUAUAUCUUUGUAAUAGCCGUGCUUAGAAGGACUGGCUUCUAAGAAUAUGCUUUUGCUAAAAAGAUUAAGCAAAGUAAAUUCUAAAAAAAUAGAACCCAUCUGGAACGCCUUGCGGCUACUCAUCAGCUAUUAUCUUUUAAAUUGAGAAAUAAUAAUUCAUAAAAGCGCGGUACUGAGCCAAAAGUUCUCUCCUGAAUUUUUCUUUCUCUAGCGAUUUUAUGAGAGACAACGGAUUUUACCGUUCCUAGAUGGGGUACAUGGGAAGAAGAGUAGUUAAGCUUGGUCAAGUAGCCCGAAAGAUAACAGGUAUUGCUGGAGACUGAUUCUUAAAUGCUUGAUAGAUCAAGAUGGCUGCUGACAUCAUCAGUUGGUAAAUAAGGGUGAGGCGAUAAAACUCGACACUCUAAGGUGAAGUGACGUGCAAUAAAUCAUAUUAAUAUAACAAGUUAGAGAGAAUCAAUAAUUCUUAUUUCAACAAGGCGAGUGCGAAACUCAGACAAAAUGAUAUAUAUAUUUCAACAGAAGUGUUUAUUGCUUUGGAGGAUCUAAGUAUAAUGUUCCUUUAAAUCUAUCUAGCAGAUUUGAUUUUGAUCAAAAUCGGUGGAUUAAAUUAAUACCGAUGCCGCUCACUGAUUUCAUUUGCAAUAUUGUUAUAUUUAAAGGAAAUAUCAUAAUUUCCAGAUAUAAAAAUAGAAAUCUUUUGAAAUAUUCAAUUGACAUCGACUCUUUCUCAAGUAUCCCUUAUGAAUUUGCAAAGAAGACAAGAAAGAAACUAAUAGAAAUAGAAGGAAGAUUGUAUUUGAUUGGAUAUUUUAAUAAAAAAAUCUAUGAAAGCGAAAUUUGAGAUGAAUAUACUUGGAAAAAAAUAGGAACUUCAAAAAUCCCCAAUGAUCCAUACCCAAUGCGGUGCUUAUAUAAUAAAGGAGGAAUAUAUAUCAUAACAAGCCCUAAUCAGAGUCCUUACAAAUUUGAUUUAAGUAAAAAAGUCAUGAGUAGGCUUUAA